AGGAGAAAGAAGGACAGAAAUAGCCCAGCUCUAGUCCAGCGUACCAAGAACUACACACACGAGAGAUGUCCACACCAGAAGCAGAUCACUCGAGAGACCCUUGUCCGAUCGUGAUCCUUAACGAUUUCGGUGGUGCCUACGCCAUGGGUGUCAUUGGUGGGUCCAUCUGGCACGGUAUCAAGGGGUUCAGAAACUCGCCAUACGGCGAGAGAAGAAUAGGGGCGUUGGCGGCGAUCAAGGCUCGUGCUCCAGUUGUCGGAGGUAACUUCGGUGUCUGGGGAGGUCUGUUUUCGUUCUACGACUGCUCGAUAAAGGCCAUCCGUAAACGUGAGGACGCGUGGAACGCCAUCAUGGCUGGGUUCUGCGUCGGUGGCUCGCUUGCGGUGAGAGGCGGACGGAAACACAUGCUAAACUCGGCCAUCACCUGUGCGAUCUUCUUGGGUAUUCUCGAGGGUGUCGGGAUGAUGUUCCAGAGAUACAUGGCGUACGCCAACAAGCCUGUUCCGAUGCCUGUGCCAGACCAGGGCGGUGCCGCUCCGCUCGGAGCCUAGUGCCGCCGACGACCCGGCUGCCGCUGCCAUACACAACCACCCGGAGUACCUAUGGCAUAAUCGAUGCAUAUCAGAGAUCAAUAACAGUGCGAUAAAAAGACGGCUCUUUGUUCCCCCUUUUCUUCCAACCUACACUAUAACGAAUUUAAUACUCAACAACCACUUGUCACAUAACCCGUAUAACCCUUUUUCAAUAGUCUAAUGCUUCUUGGCGCCUGCUGGAUUACUUACUUAGCACCUGAUGUUUCAUUUGUAUAGAAACUUUUACGUAGCACCCGGAGGUCAAUGGUUGACAGACCAGGAUCGGCCUGCGUGCUGCCCGUAUAUAUUACAAGAUAAUAGUGCUUCUACAAAACUGCUGAGGUUGUCAGACGAGCACGAGGCAAAGU